AUGGUUCUUCAGUAUGAUGAAAGUGUUCGCAACACACGCAGGGCGAGCUUGUGCGAUUUCCUAACAGCAGGACAGCUCAGGCUUGCAAGGCUGUGGAGGGAUGCACCCCCGACGCUAUCCGCGGCAGAAGCCAUCCGCUCGACAUGUCAGCAGGCACGACGCAACGAGGUGACUUCCUUCAUCUCCAUGACUCUCCUGGGGAUCUCGUCGGUGUAUGUGAACCACGAGGACAAGCUGAAGAAGAAGUUCGAAGAGAUCGGACUGAUCGUAGACUCAGUGCAAGAGAGUAAAGCGAUCAUGUGGAAGGCUCCGUAUAGAUCCGAGAUAGCGAGUGCUGAUGAGAUCCCGACACUCAUCUCAGCCGUCAAGACGACCGCAACGGCAAUGAAGAACCUGGGACUUGACAAGAAGUUAUCCGAUGUUGACGAUAUCAUGACAGAUCUGGAAGAGACACACUCUGACGUAAAGGAUAUCAACAACAUACUAUCACAGAAGAUGAGCUUCCAUGAAGACGAAUUUGAUGACAACGACAUCGAAGAAGAGCUGAACAUACUCAUGGGUAUAGAAUCAGAAGAAUGCAAGCAAGAGUCAAGCCUUAUGCGCAACAAACUUAUCAUCAAAUCGAGCAACAAGGCAACUUUGGACAUACCAACCAUACAGAGCACCAUGACAAGGAAGAAGAGAAUAAGAAGGAUAACGAGACCCAUGCCAGCACAGUAA